AUGGUGAGGGUCCAGAUGGACCCGUUAUCAGACGGGAAGGAGGAUAUUCGUGCCUUGAAGUGCGUACUUGUUGGUGAUGCUGCUGUUGGAAAGACAUCUCUGAUUGUUUCGUACACCACUAAUGGCUAUCCGAAACAAUAUGCAGGAUUCGAUUCCCUGCGGCCAUUCACAUAUCCUGACACCGAUGUAUUCCUGUUGUGUUUUAAUGUGAUGCUGCCGAGCACACUGCGAUCAAUCACGAAUCACUGGAUUCCCGAGAUCAAUAAAACAGUGCCUAAUACACCUGGCAUGUUUCAAAUCCUGGUUAUUGAUUUGUGCAAGAAUGGUGAACAGCCAGUCAGUGAGUCAAAAGCGCGGAUACUGAGCGAAGAGCUGAGUGCCGAUUAUUUGGAAUGUUCGGCGCUUACACAGCACAAUCUUAAAGAAGUUUUCGAUGCGGCAAUUUUAACGGCACUGCGCAGUAAAGCAUCAAAUGCUGCUACUGCUUGUUCUACUGCUAACGCCGAUGUACCGUUGUCGCGCGGAAUAAGGGGUCUUCUGAGUAACGAGAGCGACAGGGACGAGAAAAAAUCAAGUAGAAUUAGGCAAGGCAUCAAAAGAAUUGUCACCUUCACCAAAAGAUUGUUGUAA